AUGGCGGAUCCCUAUUACCCAUACCCAACUUCUGCACCUUCCGACGGAGCAAAUUUUGCCAGAAAUAGCUAUGCCGGUUACAUUCCAUCCGAGUCACCAUCAUUAGCUUCUCCUCGUCCUAAAUCCACCGAAUUUCCGGGAUACGGAACAGAUUACCUUCAUAAAGAUGUAAGCUUGUUUCGGACGGAGCCAUAUGGUGUUGAUAAUACCAGGGGAUCUAGAGUUCAUUCUGAACCUAAUGUUGUGGGUUAUUCUCCUCUUGAGGAUCCUAAAUUAAGUACGAAAAGAGAUACUCUGCCGGGUGUUGAUCCAGGCAUUCCUGAUGCAAUUGCAAACAAUGAAAGAUCAAUCUCUAAAAGCAGUUAUGAUGCCCUCCCAGCUUCAGCUGCGGAGUCAAACAUUUUGUUUGUGGGCGGUCUUCCAAAAGACUGUACUAGAAGGGAAGUAGGCCAUCUUUUCCGUCCCUUUAUCGGCUAUAAAGAUAUCAAAGUUGUUCACAAGGAGCCAAGACGAAGUGGGGACAAGGCUAUGAUUUUUUGUUUUGUGGAGUUUACUGAACCCAAAUGUGCUCUCACCGCUAUGGAAGCUCUGCAAGGCUACAAGUUUGAUGAUAAAAAACCUGAUUCGCCAACCUUAAAAAUCCAGUUUGCGCACUUUCCUUUCCGCCCGCCAACUGAUGAUCGACAAUAA